AGAAGGCAACAAAUUAAUAGGAAGGGGGUCGCAGGUUGAGGCGAUACUGAAAAUAAUGUCAGAGUGGGAGCUCCUGUUGUCACAUAAUCUCUCUUCGCUUCGUGGUGUCGUUUCCCCGCUAACCGGUUCAAGCUGUAUGAAGCUGGUAGGCAGCUAACAGCUGGAUAGACCUCCGAUAUACUUCCCGUCUGUCCCUGAAGGCAGCCGAACGGAGCCGUGAAUGAACCAAGCACCUCAAUGCGUCUCCUGUGGCCGCGAUGGCAGCAACAAAAACGGAGGAUGCUGAAGCUGUUCGGUGCGCUGGUUGUCCUCGGACUGGCUCUGGCGUUCAUCACCUCUUGGGUGCUGGAUAGCUAUGACACGGCGUGGCACCCUAAACGCAGCAUUCGGCACCCGAGUGCCAGUGAUGGAGAUGGACCCAAAGGAAGCGCUCCACCAUUUCCCGGCGACCAGUUGAACAACAUUUUCUGGUUUGUACAGGUGUCGGACAUUCACAUCAGUCGCUUUCACGACCCAAAACGUACUCCGGAUUUCGAGAGGUUCUGCACCCACACCAUCGAUGUGAUCAAACCGGCUCUAGUGCUCGCAACAGGGGACCUGACAGAUGCCAAAACAGAGAGCAAGGUGGGUUCCCUCCAGCACGAGGUGGAAUGGCAGGCCUAUCAUAACGUCCUGAAGAAGUCGCGAGUGAUGGAGCGCACCAAGUGGAUCGAUAUUCGAGGAAAUCAUGAUGCCUUCAACAUUAUGUCUUUGGAUAGUGUCAACAAUUAUUACAGAAAAUACUCAGCCAAUCAGAAAGUAGGCUCUUUUCAUUAUGUUCACACGACCCCGUUUGGUAACUACUCCUUUGUCUGUGUGGACGCCACCCUGACUCCUGGACCCAAACGGCCAUACAAUUUCUUCGGGAUCCUGAAUCAGACUCAGAUGGACUUGCUGAACAAGUUCAGAGCAGAGAGUUUGACGAGCAAUCAAUCCAUCUGGUUUGGACACUACACCACCUCCACCAUCGUCUCGCCGUCUCCCGGGGUCAGAGACACGAUGAGAUCUGCCGUGGCGUAUCUGUGUGGCCACCUGCACACACUCGGCGGCCUGAUGCCGGUCCUCCACAGCCGCCAUCCGCAUGGCACUCUGGAGCUGGAGCUCGGAGACUGGAUGGACAACCGUAGGUUCAGGGUCCUGGCCUUCGACCAUGACCUGCUGAGUUUUUCUGACCUCCAGUUUGAGCAGUGGCCUGCAGUGCUCAUCACAAACCCUAAGGACGCGCAGUACCUCCACCCAGGGCUGGAGCCUCUGGGCCGGAUACGGAGAUCAACGCACAUUAGGAUCCUGGCCUUCUCCGAGGCUCCGAUCGCCACGGUCCACGUCAGCAUAGACGGGGAGCCGCUGGGCACCGGCCGCGCCGCCGGAGGGCCCCUGCAUGUCCUGCUGUGGGAUCCGUCCCGCUACCUCGCUGGCCUGCACACGAUUACAGUUAAAGUGGAGGACUCGGCGGGCCGGUCAGUGGUGCGGGAGCAGCACUUCACGCUGGAGGACACCCUUAGUCCCAGCUUCGGUUUUGCUCAGUCCUUCAUCCUGCUCACGGAUCACUACAUCCUGGGCCGAGCGCUCUUCAUAUUCACGGUGUUUCUGAAUGUCGGCGUGCUCAUCGCCUUCAGGUUCCUCCAUGUUUCUUCCAGCAGAGCAUUUUUUUCUCAAAUCUGUGUGUCCCUCCACCUGAUCAGUAAAAUGGACCUGUUCUACUACUCUCUACUGAUGUUGAACCUGUGCACAGCUUUAGGUCCGUGGUUCAUCGGAGAGCUGAUAGACGGACACGGUGGCGCCUGCUUCGCCUUCGGCGUGUUCAUCGACGGCCAUUUCCUGGAAGGAAGUCUCACUUAUGUUGUUGGAGUCAUUCAACUGCUGUUCUUCAACAUUCCCCUCACCUCUUACCUCUGCUGGAGCCUUCACCACCGUUGCCACGGCAACACCCUGUGGUCCCACCUGGCGCGGCCGGGGCGCCGCGGCUGGACCGUGGCGGUGCACGUCUUCAUGCUGCUGCUGCUCACCUGGCAGGCCCACUCCUGCUACUUCCUCCUGCAGACCUACGGCGUCACGGCCUUCUUCCUGUCUCCCGUCCGCACGUGGGCCCUGGCGCUCAGCCUGGUCCUGGUCUACUGGGCCUGGACGGGCCCCGCCCCUCUGUUUCGCGACAGCGGCAAGAGCAACUCUUCCUCUUGACAGUAAUUUGCACUGUUGCACCCUGAGCCUGACUCACAGAUACAUUUUGCUGUCUCUCCUCACCCUGAAAGCCCGACUUCCCUCCUUCCUCCUCGUCCUCCUCCCCCCGGCGACGGCCGUCUUUUUUCUCUCUCUCUCUCUCUCUACAGAUCAACACCGAACUCUCCUGUUUCUAGAUAGUACCGUUUAUUUAAUAUGCAUGUUCUUGUAAAGCACCGACGAGCACAUUUGUGGCCAUAUUCAUAGCAAUCUGUACAGCGUUUUAAGGGUAAAUGAAUCUCGGAUGCAUAAAGGGCACAUAACACACUGCCUUGCAAAAGCAUUUAUUCAUAUUUUGUCACUUUAAAACCAUGACGUUUAAUAUAUUUAAUUGGGAUUUUAUCGUAUUUGUGUUGAAUCUUGCAAAGUUAAUACUUUGUCUUUUUAGGGAUGCGUCCACAAGCGAGCAGCAGUCAUAUCUAGAGACUGAAAUGUUUCCACUGAGCUAUUCCCCCCUCAAAAUGGCUCACAGUCGGACAGACUGGACGAAAAGCAAUUUUUAAGUCUGACUCCAGAUUUUCAGGUUUGACUUUAGUUCUAGACUUUGACUAGGUCAUUUAAGCAAAACCAUUUCAUUGCAGCUCUGUAUGUCUUCAGGCUGCUGACCUGCUGGAAGGUGAAUCUUUGCUCUAGUUUCAAGUCUUUUCCAGCCUAUGUGAGGUUUUUCACAAUUAUUAUGCUUCUUUUGAGGAAGGGAGUAUUAAAUAUUAACAUUUCUAGAUUUUAUUCGAGAUUCCAUUUUCUAAAUGCUAUCUCAUUUCUUCCAUUUGUCUGUUCUUUCCUUCUUACUUCUUCCUCCCUUUGUUUUCUUUUUCCUUCCUUGGCUGCUUCCUCUGGCUCUUCUCUUCUCUGUGUUCCUCCUUUUUGACUCUUCCUUACAGCUUGCCAGCUGUAUAAAUUCAUGAAAAUUUCUAGGGCUGCACAAUAUCAGGGAAACAUUUAACUGGAAUACUAAUUCUGAAUUACGUUUUUUCUGAAUUUUGCGAUGACUAUAUGAAUCCACAAUUUCCAGACUUUUUUUCCCCCCCUUCAUUGAAAUGUCCCCACUUUUCUGUAUGAGCUCUAGAAUCUCAGGCAGUAAUAAUGUGCGGAUUGAAAAUCUUAUUCAGUCAAAAAAUGAUUACUGUUAUGCAGGGCACUUUAAAUAGAACACUUUACGACAUAUGUCAGUCAAGUGUUCUUACGGUUUGCUAAAUUGCACACUAACGCUGUGAUGACGGUUGCGAAUUGAUUUAUGGUGCAGUUUUAACGAAAGUCUACUCUGGACAUUUUGACAUGAAUAUUUCGAUAGGAGCCCUAGGUUUUCAUUCAAAAUCACCCCCUUCCAUCUUUCCUACCUUUACCGGAGAGAAGCCUCCCCACAGCAUGACGCUGCCAUCACCAUGUUUCACAGUUCCUUAGUCUUCAUUCUGCUAUUUGCUCGCUAACAAAUUUCAACCGAGAUUAAAUGACACCUUCUCAGAUCACAUAAAAUCCCAAUUAAAUACAUUGAGCGUUGUGGUUUUAACCUGAUGAAAUGUGGAGAAGCUUGAAGGGUGUGUUUACUUUUUGCAAGACGGUGCGUCUAGUUUUAUCUAUAAGAGGAAUAUUUCAACUUUUACUGUGGUUGACAGUGUACUGUAUUCUGCUGUGGUUAAAGAUGGCUCAUUUACUUGAGAUUUAGCACUUUUUGGAUUUGUUGCCUUGGCCAAAACGCCACUUCACCACUGCCAAAGGAUGAGUAAGAAAGUUUUUUUUUUUUUUCUUCUUUUCUCCUCCAAACCCUUGGUUUUGUUGGUGGAUGAAGCCUGGAGAUGCCAAACUGCUCCCAAUGUUUUCCUUGGAACACAAAUAAGACAGGAAGUAGAAGUGCAGCACUUUAAAAAAAUAAAAAUUAUAUAUAUAUAUAUAUAUAUAUAUAUUCCACUUCAUAUUCUUCAGUCCACACAGAAAUCCAGAAAAUCAAAUCGGCAUUUGGACUGUGUGAAGUUAAGUUCACAAUUUUAGCUGUAUACCAAGUCAAUUUCAUUGCAGACAACUGCCAGUGAUGUUCACACUUACGUCAGUUUUUUCCGAAACCCUGAACCCGACUUGGAUUUUUGAUUUUACUCGCAGAUAGCUGCCGUUUGUUUCUCAGGAAUGUGAACGCUUCAACAACACGCUGGCUCCAGAAGUGUUUUUGUUUUGUUGUUUCUUUUUUAUACUCCAAAACAGUUCCGUGAACAAAAACCCAACACGAAGCAAUCCAGAUGCGUUUUGGAUUAGCAAAGAAACUUAGAUGAAUGUGUUAAACAUGUGAUGAGAUCAGCCACUAUUUUAUGCUGUUUUUAUUUAUUCAUUUUGAUUGUAUUGUGUGAUUUUUGUUUUGUUUUUUACUUUGAAGAAAUGUGUUUCCUCUUGUAAUUAAUUUACUCUGAAAACUGGGUAUGGGGCAUUUCAGCUCCCUCCGGCCCCCGAACCUCGGGUUUGGCUCGGAAAGCUUUCCUCGCGUGUGAAAACCUCUUUCAUCCAUGUUGUCGAGAAUGUGUGCGAAAGCACAGAAAACCUAUUUGUUGCACUGUCGUUCACACCUCUCUACUUGUAAUUGCUGAUGUAAAAACGGCACAUAGGAACACCUGUUGGUUCAAAUCUCCAUGUAGGGGAAAACAGUCAAAGUUGCAUCCUUGAUCGGAUAAGAAACAUUAAAACACGUUAUUGCUGAAACAGCCGCCAGACACUUAGAAAAUAAUUUAAUGGUGCACCUCUUUCCUCUACAGUGACAUAAAUAUACAUUUAUCUUCUCUUUAUUCAUUUACGGGAGCCGUUGUCUCCCACAGUCCCCUGUAUCGUUCCAUCAUCUGUCCACAUGGUGGCAGUGUUGGACAAAUUUGGUUCACUUCAAACACCUAAUGCAUGAUAUUUUUUCCCUCUCCCCUAAAACAAAAAGUGUCUCGACACCAACAAUAAACGUGAAUGUGCCCGGUUUGGAAUGCACGCCGACCGGACUCGGCGAGGAAACGCCGUCAUGUACUCCACCGCCUCCGCAUCAACGCAAAGGGGGACAUACUGUAACCAACGUGCUGGUGUUUGUGUGACCCCCUACCGCAAUCCCUCCCCUGUGUUGGAGCACUGAUGCUUUGUGUAUGAAUGGAUGGUAAUUUUACACCUGCCACAUAUUUUUCUUGUGACAACUCGAUUUAGAACCACGAUAACUAUAUUUUAUUAUCGGUUUAUAGUGUUGUGGAAUAAAGAAAUGUGCAUUACGGUA